GGCAAUUCCUGAUGGAUAAGAAAGACGCUUCCGGAGAAAACCCUAGCUGGCGCUGGGACCCUUGGAUCCGGAGAGAUCCUCGAAACAAAAAGUUUAUUGAAAAGACGAUUUCCAAGGGCAAUUUCAUCCCAGACCUGGAGAAUUUCGAUGCCGCCUUCUUCGGCAUCUCUCCAAAGGAGGCGGAGCAGAUGGACCCUCACCAGAGACUAGGGCUGGAAGUCACAUGGGAAGCUCUAGAGGACGCUGGAAUCAAUCCAAAAUCCCUCUCAGGUUCUGAUACCGCUGUUUAUAUGGGCGUUGACUCGGAUGACUAUUCGAGACUACUUCUUGAAGAUAUACCCAACAUCGAAGCAUGGAUGGGCAUAGGCACAACAGCGCACGGAAUUCCCAACAGGAUUUCAUACCACCUUGACCUUAUGGGCCCUAGUGCCGCAGUUGACGCGGCAUGUGCAUCUUCUUUGUGCGCCGUACAUGUCGGGCGGCAGGCUGUUUUGGGCGGAGAGUCUAGGGUUGCUAUUGUUGGCGGUGUCAACGUUUGCUUGUCUCCAGCGUUAUUCUACAUGCUAGGCUCGGCCGGUGCGCUUUCACCAGACGGCGUUUGUCUUUCAUUCGACGACGACGCCCAUGGUUAUGCUAGGGGUGAGGGUGCUGCUGUACUCAUCCUGAAGCGCCUUUCCCACGCCAUAGCCGAUGGCGACCGGGUACUUGCUACCCUAAAGGGCACUGCUGUUGCUCAAGAUGGUAAGACAAACGGCAUCAUGGCACCUAACGCCAAGGCACAGGAAUUAGUCGCCAGGAAGGCUCUCAAGGUAGCCAACAUCGAUCCCUUGACUGUAGGCUACAUUGAAGCUCACGCAACGUCCACGUCGCUUGGUGAUCCCACCGAAGUAUCUGCUAUCUCUGCAGUGUAUGGCGCUGGGCGUCCAUCACAAUCUCCCGCCUAUAUCGGGAGCAUCAAACCGAAUGUCGGUCACCUCGAAGCUGCCGCAGGCGCUAUCAGUCUCGUCAAAGCAGUUUUGGCUGUGAACAAGGGUCUCAUUCCGCCCCAAGCAAGGCUGCAGAAGCUUAACACAAGGGUUGACUGGGAGAACUCUGGACUGCAUGUUGUAAGAGAGAAGACGGAAUGGGAAGAAUCCAGUGGCCCUCGUCGCGCUGCCAUUUGCUCUUACGGAUAUGGCGGCACUGUGUCCCACGCUGUCAUCGAGCAGGCCCCGGUUUCCUUCCCUGCUGCGACCGGGAAGCCUGGCGAGCCUACUUUGCUACUGCUUUCAGCUCCCCAGGAGAAGAGACUUGCUAUCCAGGGUAAUGCUCAGGCUGAAUGGAUCGCUGGCGCUGGCAAGUCAGAAAGCCUCAAGGCUAUUGCCACCACAUUGGCACAGCGUCGUGCUCAUCACGACUAUCGCGCGUCGUUCGUUGUUUCCAGCCAUGAGGAAGCUGCUGAGGCUUUUAGAACCUUUGCCAAAGGUGCCGCGAGCGAAUGGGUCGCUUCAGGGCGCACCUCCGAAACCGGUGUUAGCAGAGAAACUGUCUGGGUCUUCUCGGGACACGGUGCCCAGUGGGCGGACAUGGGGAAAGAACUCCUUCAGAACCCUAUCUUCUACGAAACUAUAGCAGGAAUCGACCACAUUGUAUCCCAGGAGCUUGGCUACUCGGGCCUCGAGAAGCUGAAAAGCGGAGUCUUCCAAGUUUCGGAGGAGAUCCAGGUCCUUACGUACUUGGUACAAGUCGGCUUAGACCGACUCCUGAAAUCCCGCGGAAUUCAUCCUGAUGCAGUAAUCGGACAUUCGGUGGGAGAGAUCGCCGCAUCCGUUUCCGCGGGAUGUCUCACCCCAGAAGAGGGUGCUAUCAUUGUGACGAGACGUGCACGUCUUUAUGCUCAGGUCCGAGGCCUUGGUGGGAUGUUUUUGGUCAACCUGCCGUUCGCAGAAGUCUCCUCUGAGUUGGGCGACCGAAAGGAUAUCGUGGCCGCCAUUGAUUCCUCUCCGUCGUCAUGUGUUGUCAGCGGCGCGGUUGCUCCUUUGACCGAGUACACCAACAGUUUGAAGGAGCGCGGGAUUAAGACAUUCCAAGUCAAGACUGACAUCGCCUUUCACAGUCCCAUGCUUGAAAGCUUGGCGACACCGCUGAAAGAGGCCCUUUCCGGUGCCCUCAAUCCUCAGCCGCCAACAGCCAAGCUUUACUCUACUUCGCUGGCGGAUAGCAGAACAACGGCUCUUAGAGAUGUCGAUUAUUGGGUCAACAACAUGCUGAGCCCUGUCUGGCUUACCUCUGCCGUCAACGCUGCGGUUGAAGAUGACUUUAGGAUUUUCCUCGAGGUUUCGACCCAUCCCAUUGUCCUGCAUUCCGUCAACGAAACCCUUCUGGAGAUGGAUCUCAAGGAAUUCACCACAAUUUCCACCAUGAGGAAGGAUAAGCCUGCCGAGAAAAGCAUUCUGAAUGCUAUUGCCCAACUCUACAUUAAGGGUGCCAGUGUCGACUACGUCGCUCUAUUAGGCGGUCGCAGAUGGUCCAGCGAAGUCCCAGGCUUCAAAUGGAGCCAGAAGCCAUUCUGGAAGGAGGUAUCUACAGGUUCAUUCGCUGAAGAUAGUGCACAUGAUGUGGACCUGCAUAGUAUGGUCGGUCAACGCACAGCCAUUGCUGGUACCAACAUGAGUCUCUUCAACACCAAGCUUAACGAGAGCAACAAGCCAUUCCCUAGACCACAUCAACUUCACGGUACCAACAUCAUCCCUGCUGCCGUCUACGUUAAUACCUUUCUCCAAGCUACUGGUGGUUCUGUCCUUUCGGACAUGUCACUACGUGUUCCCCUUGCGGUUACUGAGGAGUUACGCAAUGUCCAGAUUGUCGUUGACGGUGACAACGUAAAAGUUGCAUCUCGUCUUAGCUCUGCCGAUGACCACUCUUGGGUCACUCACAGUGCUGCCCGCUGGAGCCUCGAGCCUUCAAGUCAGAGUGCCCCAGCUUUUGACAUAGAUGGCGCCAAGAAGCGUAUUGGUACUGUUUUGCCGAGUACUUUUUCCAUCGACUAUCUCACCAAGGUCGGAGUUUCUGGUAUUGCCUUCCCCUGGGCUGUCACUGAGCACUAUGGUAACUCAAAGGAAAUGAUCGCGAAAGUUGAUAACGACCCAGACAACAAGGAUAUAACGUGGGACGUUCAUUCGUGGGCUCCUACCCUGGACUCAGCUGCGUCGGUAGGCUCUACUCUUUUCCACGAUGAUGAAAAGCUACGCAUCGUUUCGAAGAUUGACAGGACGAUCAUACACUCCAGCGAGCCUCCCCCGAAGGUUUACUACCUAUACGUCACGGAAUCUGAUGCUACCGAUGAUGCCCAGAGCCGGUCUGCAGAUGUCUCUGUUCUCAACGUACUUGGAGAAUUAUUGGCCCAGUUCAAAGGGAUCACUCUUACCGAAGUUGACGGCGGUUCUGGAGUCCAUAGCGGCGUGGAUAGCUUGGCUCAUCAGAUGGCCUGGGUCCCAGCCCGUCUAUCCGAGAAACCUCUGCCCCUGAAGCGAGCCGUCUUGAUCUCACAGGAUACCAAGAUACUUGACCAGUAUGGCGAAGACUUGCAGAAGCAUGUAUCCAAGGUCAUAAAGCUCAAUACUGCCGAAGAACUCAAACAGGCAGACGUAUCACAAUUGCUGCGCGAGAAAGAUUCAGCAGUGGUGUACUGCCCAGGGCCAGUUGAGGCUUCUGGGGAUAUUGCGAGCUUGGCUCAGAAGUUCAUCUGGGAAGUGGCAACAGCGGUGAAGAUCAUUGUCCGAAACAACCUUCCUGUCAGGUUCUUCAUCGUCACGGAUAGAGUUUUUGCCGCCGAGUCGGAUACCGCGCUUGCCCAAGGAGCUUUGUACGGUCUGGCUCGCAUCGUUGCGUCCGAGCAUUCUGACAUUUGGGGUGGGCUGAUUGACAACGAUGGAUCGCAUUUCCCUGCUGUGCCAUUCAAGUACGUCCAGGAACAAGACAUUAUCCGUUAUAUCGACGGUGUGCCUAGGGUUGCACGCCUUCGACCUUUCUCGGCGAGCCAACGUCUGCCAGCUUCAAGCAAUAAGACCUUGCUGCCCAAACCUGAAGGCACCUAUGUCAUGACUGGUGGUCUCGGCUCUCUUGGUCUUGCAACAUGCGAUUUUCUCAUUGAGAAAGGAGCACGCCGUAUUGUCAUCGUCUCCCGUCGUGAGCUUCCGCCUCGGAACCAAUGGGCAGGCGCAUCUGACAGCCUAGCUCCUAUCCUCACUAGAAUCCAGGCUAUGGAGAGUCUAGGCGCCACCAUUCACGUCAUCUCUCUUGAUGUUGGUAAAGCAGAUGCACAUGAGAAGUUGCUCGAGAUACUGGAUCGUCUCUCUCUACCUCCGGUCCUUGGUGUAAUUCAUGCCAGUGGAGUGCUAGAGGAUAGUCUCCUGGUUGAUACCACUGCAGAUUCAUUCGAACGAGUGUUGUCGCCAAAGAUUUCCGGUGCUCUUGCUCUCCAUAAAGCCUUCCCUCCUGGUACGAUUGACUUCUUCGUCCUCUAUUCUUCUAUAGGACAGCUUGUUGGCACAGCCGGUCAAAGCUCGUACGGGUCUGGCAAUGCCUUCCUCGAUACUCUCGCCACUCACCGCAGGAGCCAAGGCGAUAACGCCAUCGCGUUCCAAUGGACCGCAUGGCGCAACAUGGGAAUGGGCACGUCUGAGUUCCUCAAUCUGGAGCUCCAGAGCAAAGGCAUCACGGAUGUCACGGCCGACGAAGCUUUCCGCGCAUGGGAGCAUCUCUCGAAAUACGAUGUCGAUCAUUCGGUCGUGACACGCAGUCUAGCGUUUGAUGAAGGCGAGCCGGUUCCAUGCGCAAUGUUCGAGGAGAUCGCCAUCCGCCGCCCACGAGCGCGCGAUUCUUCGGCACCUGUAGAGGAGACCAAGGACGAUGGCGGCAAUCGCCCCACCAAACUCCCGGAGCUCAAGGUUUGGCUGGAUCUGAAGCUUCGCGAGUGUCUCGCGUCGAUCCUAAAGAUUGCCGACAUUGAGGAUAUCGAUCCUAGGGUUGCUCUGUCUGAUAUUGGAGUCGACAGUGUGAUGACCAUCGUGCUGAGACAGAAACUCCAGAGCGUACUCAAGGUCAAGGUGCCGCAGACGCUAACAUGGAAUUACCCUACAGUGGUCGCCAUGGUGGACUGGUUCUCAACACAGUUUCAAGACUAGACUAGGCGAGCAACUUGAACCGCGACUUAGUAUUCGUAUAUGUGUUAGUAGCACUGAAUGAGGGUAAUGUUACCGGA